CUCACUCAUCGCCGCCGCCGCAGGCAGCAGCUUCACCACCGCUUGGGCAUCUUCUUGCCCUUCCCGCCCUGCCCUGCCAAGCAACACCCCCCCCCCCCCCUUCUCCCCUCCCCUCCCCGGUGCCAGGUGGGUACCCUGGUACCUCCCCCCGCUACCCUCUCGGUACCCCGCGGGAACCCCACCGGCACCCCAGCACCUCCCAGCGCGUCCAGGAAGCUGCUCGAAGCCCUCCCUCCUCCUCCUCCUCCUCCUCCUCCUCCUCUCCCCCUUCCCAAAACCCCUUCCCCCACCGCCACCCCCUCCCCCCCGCCCCCUCCCCUCGCCGCCGGCCAUGGAGCUUCUUUCCACCCCCAAAAACAUCGAAAUCAACAACAUUACCUGCGACUCCUUCCGCAUCUCCUGGCACAUGGAGAAGGGCGACCUGGAGAGGGUCACUCACUACUUCAUCGACCUCAACAAGAAGGAGAACAAAAACUCCAACAAGUUCAAGCACCGGGAUGUCCCCACCAAGCUGGUGGCCAAGGCAGUGCCACUGCCCAUGACGGUGCGGGGCCACUGGUUCCUGAGCCCCCGCACGGAGUACAGUGUGGCAGUGCAGACGGCAGUGAAGCAGAGCGACGGCGAGUACCUGGUGUCCGGCUGGAGUGAGACCGUCGAGUUCUGCACUGGCGACUAUGCCAAGGAGCACCUGGCCCAGCUGCAGGAGAAGGCUGAGCUGAUCGCCGGGCGCAUGCUGCGCUUCUCCGUCUUCUACCGCAACCAGCACAAGGAGUAUUUCCAGCACGUCAGGAUGCACUGCGGGAACGUGAUGAAGCCCUCCCUGAAGGACAACAGCGGCAGCCACGGCUCGCCCACCAGCGGCAUGCUCCACGGCAUCUUCUUCAGCUGCAACACCGAGUUCAACACCGGGCAACCCCCCCAGGACUCGCCCUACGGCCGCUACCGCUUCCAGAUCCCAGCCCAGCGCCUCUUCAACCCCAACACCAACCUCUACUUCGCGGACUUCUACUGCAUGUACACCGCCUACCACUACGUGGUCCUGGUCCUGGCGCCCAAGGGCUCCUCGGGGGAUCUCUUCUGCCGGGAGCGCCUGCCCCAGCUGGACAUUUCCUCCAACAAGUUCCUGACGUGCAGCGUGGAGGAGGGGGAGCUGGUGUACCGCCACGCCCAGGACAGCAUCCUGGAGGUCAUCUACACCGAGCCGGUGGACCUCAGCCUGGGCGUGCUGGGCGAGAUCAGCGGGCACCAGCUGAUGAGCCUCUCCACUGCCAACGCCAAAAAGGACCCCAGCUGCAAGACCUGCAACAUCAGCGUGGGCCGUUAAAGGGCGGCAGGGCUGGGCACGGUGCCCACCGCCGAGGUGAGGGGGUUUUCUCCCGCGGGGUGCUGCCGGCUAGGAGGAGCCCGAUGGGUGCUGGGGACUCAAGGGGGUUCGGUGUAAAUAGCGACGUGUCCUGUGUGCCACCCCCGGCCCUCAACCCCCCAGCCCCUGCCCGCUCAGGGAAGGAGCCGGCAGGGAGCUGGCCCAGCACAGAGGCAGAGCUUGUGCUGCUCUGCACCCCGAGGAGCGAAGCCUUCAUCUCACGGACUGGCUGACCGGCAUCAUCCUCGCUGGUAUGAGCUGUGGGAGCGCUUUUCCCUCUGGCACCACUCCCCCCACGCCCUCUGCAUCACCCUCUCGGCCCCCUCGCUGGUCCUCAGCCUCUCCCAGGGAUGGAGAGGGGCGCUCAGGUGGGCACCCCCAUGCCACCAGCACCUCUCCGAGGCUGCAGCCGUGGUGGCUUCAGUGCCGUGGGGGUCCUAACCCCCGCGCCCCCCCCGUCCCCGUGUCGUGCAGCACUGUGCCGUGUCCGCUCUCUGCUCGCUCCUGCCAUCGCCAUGCCACCAAACCUCCCCCCCUCCCUCCCUCCAGGCCAGAGGGGAGGGGGAGGGAGGGGCACGUGGAGGAGUUGAGGGUGUGUGUGGGGGGGAGGGUAAGGAAAGCAGAGCCAACGACUCCCCCUCCCCCCCAGCCCUGUGCCCCUCAUCCCGCAUGAGCCAUCGGCAGCAUGGCGCUUGGGUGCCCGCUCCCCGUCUCUGUGUGCCCGAUGCACGUUGUAACGGUAGAACAACACCCCCCAUGCCAGUCCCACCAGCUCCCCCACACCCUCUCCCUAUCCCCAGUGCCCCCCAGUCCCUCCCAAUCCCCCCCCAGCCCCCCAGCAUCCCUCUGCUGUGCUGGCGCUGUAUCAAUAAACUCUGUGCGGUCGCCA